UCUAUAUAUAGACUGUAAAUUUUAAUUUGCUUCGAGACAACAGACAUAUUUUGCUUGAUUUAUUCCAUUAUCGUUCGCGUUCUUCAACAUGAAACGUUUGGUGUUUUCUUUGGCCUGGGCUUUUGCUCUUUUGCUAGCUUGUUCAUUGGUUUCUGGUGCUGUUGUAGAACACACUUUCAAUAUAGGUAACUUGACUGUGUCCCGCUUGUGCAAUGAGGAAGUGAUUACAACAGUCAAUGGAAGCCUGCCUGGACCAACGAUUUACGUUGAAGAGGGUGACACUCUUGUGGUCCAUGCAAACAACAAUUCACCCUACAAUAUUACCCUUCAUUGGCAUGGAAUUUUUCAAAUUUUGACUGCAUGGGCAGAUGGUCCUGAAUCUGUAACUCAAUGUCCAAUACGUCCUGGUGGAAAGUAUACCUAUAGAUUUAACAUAACAGGACAAGAGGGUACCCUAUGGUGGCAUUCCCACUCUUCUUUUCUACGUGCAACCGUCUAUGGAGCUCUUAUCAUUCGCCCUAGAAGAGGAAACUCACACCCAUUCCCUUCAGUUUACCAAGAAGUCCCCAUAUUGCUUGGGGAAUGGUGGAAUGGUAAUGUUGUUGAUGUGGAGAACAACGCAAUUGAAACCGGUAUUGGUCCAAAUUUGUCAGAUGCUUACACAAUUAAUGGCUUGCCUGGAGAUACUUACAAUUGCUCCCAAAAUCAGACAUACCAACUCCAAGUGAAACAUGGAGAAACCUACCUGUUGCGCAUUAUCAACGCUGCACUCAAUGCACAACACUUUUUUAAGAUAGCCAACCACACAUUCACAGUGGUAGCCAUCGAUGCUUCCUACACUCAACCCUACAACACCGAUGUUAUAAUCCUUGCCCCAGGCCAAACCGUGGAUGCAAUCAUAACCACAAACCAAACUUUGGGUUCUUAUUACAUGGCCUUCACUCCAUAUCAUUCCGCCCCAGGCGUUUCAAUCAACAAUAACAUAACCCGAGGCGUGGUCAUUUAUGAGAAUGCCACAUCAGCAUCACCUGUCAUGCCGGACCUCCCAGCCCAAACUGACACACCCACUGCCCACAAGUUCUACACCAACAUCACUGGGUUGGCUGGUGGACCUCACUGGGUCCCAGUAUCACUUAAUGUGGAUCAACAUAUGUUGAUAACUUUUGGAAUUGGGUUAGACCAUUGUCCCGAACUAGAUCCAGAGGGGUGUGGUGGAAGAAAUUUUCGACUCUCCGCAAGUAUGAAUAACGAGUCAUUUGUUUUGCCUAAAGGGCUCUCGAUGAUGGAAGCUUUUUUUCGAAAUGUUAGCGGGGUGUACACUAGAGAUUUUCCAGAUAAUCCUCCAUUUGUGUUUAACUACACCGAUCCAACGUUAGAGACCAAUGGUACAGACAUAGCGUUUGCACCUAAAUCAACCAAGGUGAAGCCUUUGACGUUCAAUUCAACAGUGCAAGUUGUUCUUCAGAAUACGGCUAUACUUGCAAGGGAGAACCAUCCAAUUCACCUUCACAGCUUCAAUUUCCAUGUUUUAGCACAAGGGUUUGGAAAUUAUGAUUCCAACGUGGAUGAAUCAAAGUUUAAUCUUGAUAACCCUCAAAUACGUAACACGAUUUCGGUGCCGGUAGGAGGAUGGGCCGUUAUUAGAUUCCAAGCAAAUAAUCCAGGUAUAUGGCUAGUGCACUGCCACUUGGAGACUCAUUUGCCAUGGGGGUUAGCCAUGGCUUUCGAGGUUGAAAAUGGACCUGAACCAUGGGUGCUGCCUCCGCCACCAGCUGAUUUGCCCCAAUGCUAAGUGAAAAAUGCACCAAUUCACUCAUACCUUACAAAUUUUAAAAUAAAUGAAAGGAAGAUUUGAUCAUAUAUUUAUUUACUAUUACUUUUGACGAUGUGAAUUCCUAAUUCAAUUUGUUUGACUGGGAAUAAAGAAAGUAUGAUAAAUAAUGAUGGAAAACUUAUCUUAAUUAUUCUACUCGGUUCA